AUGUUAGUGUUGUUAUUUUAUACAUGCAUCACUAUCACUAUAACCAGUGCACUACCAGGUGAAACUAUAAAAAGUCAAGGUGAAUGCCCAACAUUUUGUGAAGGGUCGGCUUAUAAAUGUAUAAAAGGACAAUGUUAUUGUGCAAAUGGAUAUGCCCCGAACUAUUACCAGACACAAUGUGUAAAAUGUCCAGGAUUAGGAGAGGCCUGCUAUGGACCGUGCUGCGGUGAUAAUAUUACUCUGCAUUGUUGGAAUGGAGUCUGCCAAUCAUGUUACGGGUCAAACGGAAAUUGGGUUUGCAGAGAACCAGUGGAUCAUAUAGUACUUGUAUCUGGUACUCAGAUUGUGAUGGCUAGUGCGCUGGUGUUGGGAAUAAUUGCCACCUUCGUGCUCCUUUAUAAACUUUGUGCUGCUACUACAAUCAGACCUGUUGGAAGAAGUGUAAAUGGGUCAACGGAUGGAGGAAGGCUAUCCGUCGGAAGCUUACAAAUUUACGUCGAUGAACGAUUACGUGAUGCACCCCCAAGAUACACCAGAACAGCGCCUUCAGAGUCGUCAAUUUGCCCGGCACCUCAUUAUCUUAAUUCUGGUUUUAUUCACGACAACAGUCUACCACCGCCUGCUUACACGCCACCCGAGAUAAAAGAAGAGAGUCCAAAUGGAAUAGUUCAUAUGUGA